AUGGAGCACCCGGCAGACGAAAUAUCAUCCGUCGUGUCGCUGAUUACGACUGCUGUAGCACCGGAAAUACAGCAGGACGGUAUUCAACGAUACUUUACGCCUGAUGCUGGAUUCCGACAUCCGUUAUGUGCAGUGCGCCCGGGGCCAGGCUCGCGGGAGCGGAUUCUUGGGUUAUAUCAGUGGUACCGCGUGAUGUCCCCUAAAAUUGACCUGGAUGUGAAGAGCAUCGUAUACGACAAACCGCAAGGGAUACUCAUCUUGGAUGUGGUGCAGUCUUUCCACAUUCGACUAUCACCAUUUAAGCCCGCCCCUUCGCGCCUCGUUGUUCGUUUAACACUCAAGGAAGUUGAUAGGCUUUACUAUAUCGCGUUCCAAGAAGACUUUUACCAUCCUGAUGACCUCAUGUCGUUGGUCGUUCCGCCUUUGGCUCCUCUGGUGCGAUUAGCUUUGGGAGCUGUAGGUGCCAUGUCGAACAUGUGUGCUACAGUUGCCCAUGUGCUUGGCAUAUCAGACAUAUACCAGAAGUGCUCAGGAAGAUCCGCAACCGACAGUGCAGCAGAGAAUUGGGAAAGCGAUAGUGGUUUGUACGACACCGGUCCGCGCCGGAAAGGUGAUUGA